UAGGUUUCUGCCCCUCUCUGCAGGGGAAGCAGAAAGCUGUGUGCUUCCAUUAUUUGCCGACUUUUAAUGCUCACUACAUUGGCAAGCAUGACAAUGUGGCCGAGUGCGUCCUCCGGGAAGUGAGGUGGUGUGGAAGAACAGUAAAAGUUCUGCCUUGGCAAUGCAAUGAAACAACGGGGAGAAACUGCAACCGCAAGGACGGAGGUAGUGUGAUCCAACUGCAAGGACUAAGCAGGCAGCAGAAACUGCAACAUCACCGCACAGUAGCCAUUCAUCUCCUACCCUGUCCUCAUCCUCACUCUCUCCUGUUUCGACCAGCCAAAGAACGGAUUUAAGAGAAUUCCCCACCCUCGAAUGGAGUCCAUGUGAUCUCUACUCUCCACCAGUCUUUGUUCACGGUGGCCCAUCUAGGCCUGGAGUCAUGUGAUGGAAAGGAGGCAAGGUGAGAGAAGUAGAAACCGGGAGAAGAAGGGAGAAGUCAAGAAGGGCAAGUGUUUCAGGAUAUGCAUCACCCAGCCAAGCUUUUUCUCUCUCUUCCUCUCUCUUCCCUUCCGAGCCUCAGACAAAACCAACCCCCCCAAACUUGCCAAAAUUGCCGCAACCCAUAUCCCAUUCAAUUUAUGUGGGCGUAUUGGUCAUCAUCAGACCUCGGAGAACAGGGGAAGGAACCUUUCCCUGCUUUUAUUGCUCUACAAUGUCAUCUCUUCCUUUCAUUCUAGCCGUUGCUCUCUCGUUCCCUUCCCUUCUCCUUCCUAAAGAUCGGAUUUUGAGACGAUGGUGACGAAGAAAGGGAAGAGCUUUGCAGUGGGAUUCUUCCCAUCUUGCUCUCUAUCGCCGGUCGGUGAAGAGGACAAGGCGCGCUUUAGGUACCAGAGCCUUCUUCUAGAUUAUGAAGAGUUGAGAAAGGAAACUGAAUCAAAGAAGCAGCAGUUGCACAAGGCCAAUAUGAGGAAGCUAAAGCUUCGUGCCGAAGUCGAAUUCUUGCAGAUGAAGUAUUCUUGCCUAUUGAAGAAUCCUUCAGGAAGAACACAAUAUAGACUCAAAAAGAAGAGACCACAGAUUAGGCCAUUCGAAUCGCUUCGCAAUAGUUGUUCGAGUACCGUAAUCGAGUGUCAAGCUCGUCUUUCAACCGUAAGAGAAGAUGAUCUUCCUAGGACUUCAACAAUUAUAGACUUGAACCAGGAAGCCGAGGACAUGGAGGAGUUUCAGGUCACUUGGGAGCCCUUAAAAGCAGAUACAUUGAAGAGUUGUUCCAUGAAUGGAGAUGUGGUGGCUAAUGAUCUGAAGCUUCCGAUUUGCUGAGACAUGGGAAUCAGACCAGCCACACUGAAUAGAGGAAAAUUACAUGGCACAAUCAAGUAGCUCAAGGAUUUAGGCUCUCCUCACUUGUAUAGUGUGUCUGAAAUGGAUCAUCCUACUGUCUUUUCUCAAAGGGAAAAGAAGGCAACUCAUCUAAUUUCACUUCCUACGUCGAUAAUGUAACUCUUAGCAAUGGUGUUUGUCACUUUGAGAACAAUAUGUAUCAAUUUCCUCUUUUUCGAGAACGAUACUUUUACCGAUACAAUAAUUUUCUCGAGUUUUACGGUG